GACACGUGGCUACGAAAACAUGUUGUAAUGUUCCAGGAUUAAUAUAUAGGGGAUAUCAAACUAUACAUAAUCUUAUGAAUACAAAACAAUAAACCGAAUUAAAUGUAACUAAUAAAAUUAAUCGAAUUUUAGUUUAUUUAGAACAUGAAACAUUUAUGUUCAGUUGAGAUGAAAACAACCAAUCUCGUAUAUCUAAGAAAAUAAUUGAUUAAAUUAUUUAUAAGCAAAAUCAGGUAGGCUUGGACGUUUGGAUCUUUAGGUUGAAUUCAGAUCGGUUCCUUUCGGAUCCUAGACAUUUGGAUUCAACUAGAUAUAUAAAAAAAUUUGGUUCAGAUUCGGGCUAUAAUUAAAAUACAUGUAAUUUUCGAAUCCGUAACGUGUUCGAGCCGGGUUCAGAUAAUUCAGAAAGACCAAAAUAACCGAAUUCCAUUAAAAUUUUGCUGAAAUCCAUCAUAUUUAUCUUAAAUUUUGUAAAAUAACCAAAAUAAACUAUUAAUAAUUUAAAUUAAACAUUUUUAAACUCUAAAUUUGACAUUUAAUAUUACUUGAAAAUGUUACGAAAGUAAUAAUGGAGAUUGCUAAUAAAAACAUUUCAACUAAAAUAUAAACUAAAAUAUAUAAAAUAGAAUGAAUAAAAUCAUAGUUUUGGAUAUUAAUGUUUUUAGGUUGGAUCCAUUCGGAUCGGUUUUUUCAAGUCUGGUUCUUUUCGGUUCUAGUUCUUUCGGGUAUAAGAAUUUUGGAGCCAAUUAGAUACUUAUAAAUCUUUGUUUCGAUUUAUGGUUGGAUAUUUCUGGGUCAGUGCCAAUUCUAUUUUUUCGGAUCCGCGUAAAAUUCUCAGGCCUAAAAUUAGGUGUUUGUUUUUUUAAAAAAAUAUUAUUUUUGUUUUUUCAUACUUAUAAAUAAAUAAAUAAUAUUAAAAUUAAUAAAAUAAAAUAUUAAUUAAUUAUUAUAAAUGAUAUAUUUUAUAAAUAUUUAACUCUUAAAUAUUAUUUGACCAUGACUUGAAACUGGUAAGCUUGCAGCCUAAAAAAGGUACGUUCAACUCUCAAGUAUUAAGCCCAUUGGGCUUUACACAUCGUAUGAGAGCCCUGAGUGUGAUGCGGUGCCAGUAGAAAGUGGAAGUCAACAAUGAACUACUACGAAAAAGGAAACUGAGCAUCUUCUUCGCUGCUCGAUGGUGAUGGAACCAACACUCUAAAACUCUUCGUCUCUUUAGAAGAGGCUAAACAUGAAUGUUACAUAUUUGACAAUUAAGAGGCAUUAUCCUCUUUUUAUCUUCAUGAUAUAUGUAUGGAGCUGAACGCACUGUUUAGAUAUUAUAGACUAAAUUCAUACAAGUCAAAGUCAUGUAAUCAUGCAGAAACAAAAUAAAAAUGGUUAAAUCUUAACUUAUCUUUUGUUUGUUUUUACUGUUUCCAUUAUAUACUUUUGGUUUGCGUUCUUCUUCUAUGGUGCCCAAUUCACACGGGUCAAAGGUCUUCGUUGUUGUACAUGCACCACGGUUGCUUUCAUUAUUAAUUACUUGAGCAGUUGAAGGAAAGCACAAGAGAAAGCACUAGAUUCGUUGUGUAUGUGUGUGGGAGAGAGAGAGAGAGAGAGGUGUGCAUGAACCUGACAAGAGCUUCUGAUUCUUGAGAGAAAGAAAGAAUGGAUUGAGAUCUGAAACGCUUCUUUUUUGCAUUUUUCCUGUUUCAAAUCUAUGGAUACAUAGUUGCUUCUGCUUUCCACCAUGAAUUCCCUGUUGCAUUACCUAAUUGCAUAGACCAGUGCAAUCGUGCUGGUGUUCGUGUUCCUUACCCUUUUGGGAUAGGCAAAGGUUGUUACAAGAGCAAAUGGUUCGAGGUUGUCUGCAACCACUCAUUACACCUCUCUUUUCCUUUCCUGCCAAGCAUCGGACUGGACGUUAUUUCGUUUUCCCUUACAGAUGACUUUAUCUAUGAGGACCGUUCACACAAGAGCAACGGGUUUCAAAUUCAGAGUCCAAGGAAGACUUCAGGCUGUUCAUAUGGAAAAAAAGAUGUCCAAUCUUUGAAUCUAACGGGGAGUCCAUUCUUCAUAUCAGACAAUAACAAGUUCACGGCUGUUGGAUGUAACAUCAAAGCGAUGAUGGUAGGAACAGGGCCUCAAAUUGUUGGAUGUGAAGCGAGAUGUGGGAAAGAGACUCGGUAUUACAAAGAUGCUGACAAGAGCUGCGUCGGAUAUAAGUGCUGCCAGACCAAAAUUCCUCCGGGUCUUCAAGUGUAUGAUUCAACCGUGGAGAAACUGGAACCUUGUAAAAACGUAUGUCAGGAGGCCUACUUAUCACAAGAGGACUUCUCUACGUACACGCUCACCUCACCUGAUCUAACAGAAAAUGUUAUAGUGACCAUGGAUCUGGAAUGGCGUCUUGAAGUUCCCCCCAACAUCGUUCCAAAGAGUUCACAUUGCGAGAUAAGUACAAGCGUAAUUCGCACGGAUGAUCAGUAUAAGUAUCAAUGCAGGUGCAGAUCUGGUUAUGAAGGAAAUCCUUAUUUACCUGGUGGAUGUCAAGACAUUGAUGAGUGCAGAACUAUAUAUGGGGUGUGUGGAAAGAACAAGUGUGUGAAUGUGGCUGGAUCAUUCAGAUGUGAAAAAACGUGGCCUGCCAUUCUAGGUGGAACUCUAAGCUCUGGAUUGUUUCUUAUAGCUGUUGGAACGUGGUGGCUAUGCAAGGUUAAUAAAAAGCAGAAAGCAGCCAAGCAGAAGAGGAAGUUCUUCAAACGAAAUGGAGGUUUGUUAUUAGAGCAACAAAUGUUCUCCCUCCACGGAAAUGUCAACAAAACCAAACUGUUCAGUUCCAAUGACCUGGAGAAGGCAACAGACAGAUUCAACGCGAGCAGAAUACUAGGGCAAGGCGGCCAAGGCACAGUUUACAAGCGAAUGUUGGAAGAUGGGAUGAUCGUCGCUGUCAAAAAGUCCAAAGCAUUGAAAGAAGAGAACCUUGAAGAGUUAAUCAAUGAGAUCAUCCUUCUAUCGCAGAUUAACCACAGAAAUGUUGUUGGGAUCUUAGGAUGUUGUCUUGAGAGGGAGGUGCCUAUUUUGGUGUAUGAGUUCAUCCCCAACAGAAGCCUUUUCGAUCAUAUACAAAACCCAUCAGAAGAUUUUCCAGUGACUUGGAAAGUACGCCUCUGCAUCGCCUGCGAAGUAGCUGAUGCACUAUCCUACCUGCAUUCAGCCGCCUCUGUUCCAAUUUAUCACAGAGAUGUCAAGUCAACAAAUAUCUUGUUGGAUGAGAAGCACCGCGCAAAAGUAUCAGAUUUUGGGAUUUCAAGAUCCGUUGCUAUAGAUGAUACUCACCUGACCACAAUAGUGCAAGGAACAGUUGGAUAUGUAGACCCGGAGUACCUCCAGUCAAGCCACUUCACAAGGAAGAGUGACGUCUACAGCUUUGGAGUUGUGCUCAUUGAGCUCUUAACUGGGGGAAAACCCGUCUCCAUUCUGAGGCCACAAGAAAUAAGGAUGUUGGGAGUUUACUUCCUCGAAGCCAUGAGGAAUCACAGACUUUAUGAGAUUCUAGAUGCUCGCAUCAAGGAGGAAUGUGACCAAGAGGAAGUCCUUGCAGUAGCCAAACUUGCAAGAAGGUGUUUGAGCUUGAACUCAGAACAUCGCCCUACCAUGAGAGACGUCUUUAUCGAACUGGAUAGGAUGCAAUCCAAGAAACAAGGCGCUCAAAACCAAGCAGAAAAUUGCGAAGAGCACACACACAUCCAGAUCGCAAUACCCGAGUCUAUGUCUCUCAGUUACUAUUCUCCGUAUACAGUCGUGGAAAACAGCUCAUUCUCACCGGACUCAAAACCAAUCAUGAUUCACAAGACACUGUGACUGGAAAUGCAAAACCACUUAUAAUACUUCAAUAAACUAAUGAUAUUCACAAGGUCUUAUUACUUGUGUGAACCAUUUGUAUAACUCUUUCAUUUUCUC